AUGGAUCUCCCCCCUUUGGCUAUCCCUACGGCUUCCUCUGUGGCUACCCCUAAGGCUACCCCGGAAGUCAACGCGCAGAUUGCCGUGGAGUCGCUGCUCCUCUACAUCACCGCGGGUCUAUCCGUCGCCAUCACCCUGCUCGCGAUCGUCAAUCUCAGCUUCCACAUUCACGCCUGCCGCAAGGGUCGGCCCCCCCGGAUCCCGAAAUCGACUGUCAGCGGCAGCAGCAAGGGUGGGGCGAAGGGCGGUGGCAGCAGCCGCAGCGUUCGUGGUUGA